UUGUAAUUUGAUGUCUGACAAUAACGUGGUGGACAUGGAGAUGGCAAAUAGUUUGGGGCCUUUAUGUAGGCAGAACCUGCUUUCCCACUCAGGAAACUCAUUUGCCCGAGAACACCUGUUGCCGUGUGAAAGACUCCUUCAAGUUAGUCAGCUGAACAUGUCUUGCCCAGAUACCAGGCCUCUCCAAUUCCAAGACGCAGCAGAUUCUACCACUCUGUGCAUGAAUGGAAGUCACACUACUCAGCAUAUAAAACAGGAAUGCUUGGGUGAUUAUAAGGGCCUAUCUGAGGUUUCUGCACACAGAGAGAUUACUGACGGAAUAGAACUGAAAGGCUCAGGCGGCCUCCAUCUUGAAGUUGACCACAAUAGCUUUACCAAUUCACUUUCAUCGCAAUUGUUUAAUAAUGAACAUAGCCCCUCCCUGGGCUCCUUGUCACUCAACAGCCCUCACCAUUCAGGUCAACAACAGGCAAGCAACCUGAAGAAGAGAUGCAUCUCUGUGCUGCCAUCUUCUGCUGAUGGGAUUGAUAUUACAACUAUCAUCCGCACAUCACAGACUUCGCUGGUUACCUGUGUGAAUGGACUGUGGACUAAUUCAGCUGGUGUUUCCUCUUCUCCUAGAGAGAUCACUCUUCAUAGUGCUCAGAAAUCCUCUCGCCCCCAGUCCUGCUCGCAAUCUGGGAACCACUGCCAUAUUCCUUCCCCUUCAGUAUGCCUUGUCCCUGUUUCCACUGAAACUAUCCGAGGGGACUGUGAUCAUUCCCCAAUGCAGCACACAGGAGAGAAUGCAAGCUUCUGCCUUAUAAUGAAUACUGCUUCUGCUCCUCAGCCAGAUAUUUUACACAGCAAACAGAAGUUGAAUUUCUUAAAACAGGAACCACUUGAUGAAUAUACUUCUGCCUCCAGUCUUUUUCAGCAUCACCAAGAACUGCCACCACCUUAUCAUUUACACGAGCAGCAAAACCACAUUCAAGGAGCACUAACGCAUUUACAGGCCUCUAUGUCUCCAAAGUCUCUUCAGAUGAGUGAAGGUGAUGAGCAGGAGGCCAGCGGUGAUAAGCAGAUUUGUCGAUGGAUUGAUUGUAGUGCUGCCUAUGAUCAGCAAGAUGAAUUGGUCCGGCACAUAGAAAAGACUCAUAUUGAUCAAAGGAAAGGAGAAGACUUCACUUGCUUCUGGACAGGCUGCAUUCGCCGGUAUAAACCUUUCAAUGCUCGUUACAAGUUGCUAAUUCAUAUGAGAGUUCAUUCGGGAGAAAAACCAAACAAAUGUAUGAAGCCGUAUGCUUGCCAGAUUCCUGGAUGCUCUAAACGUUACACUGACCCAAGUUCCCUUAGAAAACAUGUGAAGGCUCAUUCUGCCAAAGAACAACAGAUGCGUAAGAAGCUAUAUUCAUAUUCUGAUGCUGAACAAGAAAUAUUAAGUGAAUGCUUAACUAUGCAGCAGCUUCACCCUUCUUCACAACACAUUUUGGAUGGGAAGUGUGGGAGAUCAAUGAGCCACCACGACCUCAUUACAGGGAUGUAUACUAGCUCCAGCACAAACCACAAUGGACCAUCACCUGGCCUUCUACCACCGCAUCAGAAUGUUCUGUCGAGACAACACAUACUUGAGUCAGCUCUCACUAGUGCACAUCAUCAUGUAUCAUCCAUAGGAAGUGACGGAGAAGGGAUUGUUCCAAAUGCUCUUGCUAGCCCACUGAAAGCAGUAGUUGCACCUUCCCUCCUUCAGAAACACAGCUCAUCACCAUUACACAGCCAGUCUCCAAAUGGGCAUCAUUUCUCAGCGAAUAAAUUAUAUGUGCCGUUUCCAAACCAAUCUACGCCGCAGGGGCCACAAGGUUACCAAGGUAGCUUUCACUCUAUACAAAAUUGCUUCCACUAUGGAGAUUGCUACAGAACAAUGGACUCAUCUUUCAGUAAUGAUGUGCUAUCAGGGGAAUCUCAUUGCUGUAACCCUCUGCGACAAAAUGGAUAUCACAUACUCAGUGCACCUGUAGCUUCAACAGGCUACGAAGUCAUUUCUGAAGCAGAGUGCAUAUCCGAGGAAGUUAUCAAUGGAACUGAAGAGAAUAAUGGAUUUUUCCAAAAUGGCACUUUUGAUCACUGUUUAAAUCACAUUCCUCCCAUCUACACAGAUACCUAAGUCUUCAUCUUAAAUUGUUACUUUGCCUACCAUACUUAUAAUGCCUUUUGUAUUUACAAAAUUGUUGUUGACCUACCUUGACUGUAUUUAAUCUGCAACCGUUUAUGUGUUCAUUUAAAUCAACUGCUCACAUUUACCAAUUUAUUUUAUAAAGGAAUAUACUGUGUAAUUGUUGGUAUCUAUUCCUUUGUUUUGGCACUUUGAAACUGAUUCUCUUAAGGGAGAAGGAGGACCAUUUAAAACUGCUUGAUGUGUAAGUCCUUUUGAGUAAAAUAUAAAUUUAAAUUAUAAAAUAUGCUUGUAAAGAUUUUUUUUUUAAGAAGUAUGUUUUCAAUUUAAGACUGCUGGUCCCUUUAAUCACAGUUAAUUCAUGGGAUAUUUUCUUGACUAUAAAAGGACUGCUUUAAAAUUCACAGACCUCAUGUACAUAAACGUUUUCACUUUG